CAUGUACGCCAAUUCUAGUCUAAGCCAAUUUCCUCUCCAUUUAUAUCUCAAAGUGAUGUGUUGUUCAGCCCUUCAUGCCUGCAACCUCCAUGGCUGCUGCUCAACAUAGCAGAGAGAUCAUAUGCAAGAAACGCCGCAGCUGGUGCUCCUUUCUCACGGCUUGUUUCGGGCGUGCUCAAGAACGAUGGGAGACGGAUACCGCGAGUGAAUAUGUUGAAAAAUUGGUCAAAGUUAAGAGGAAAAAAUCGGGUUUGGUCAGAACUAUUUCGAUCAGCCGUACAACAACGUCUGUGACGUCGCCAUCUUAUGUGACUGGUUCGAGUGGAAACGUUGCGAUGGAGAAGAGUAGGCAGCUUAGGCCUACUCCACCCCAUCAAGUGAUCAUGGCUAAUAAGAUAGAUGACCAAAUACUUGAGAAAAGGAACACACUCCAGUCAGGUUCAACAAGACACUCCCAGAACAACAAUACAAUCCAGACAAGUCAGAGCAACACCACAACAAAGUCGUCGGACUCAGUACCUCCGCCACAGCCACGGCGGACGAGAGAGAAACCAACGGCCGUCGUCGACGGCGGCAGAAAGGGCAAAACAGCCAAAUUUGACUCAAAGAUUGGAGCAGUGAUCACAACAGUGACAUUAAUAGUAAUGUUGAUUUGGGGCAAGGCGUGUGCAGUUGUGUGCAUGGCUGCCUGGUUUUACCUCAUCCCUCGUUAUUACAAUGAAGAACUGAUGAAAUUGACAAAUAGUUCAAAUGAUGGUGAUUUUGAUUCCUGGGAUUACAAGAAAAGGGUCAUUUUGCGAGGAUUGCUAGACAGGAAUCGGCACGUUCGUGGAAAAAUUCUAACUCAAAUCGAAUUUGAUCGAACUUGAGCCAAUUAUAUGACAAGUACAAUAUACUUGCCGUGUAAUUGGUGUAUAGUUCAGAUACGAUCAAACCUGAUUUGAGUAAAAAAAAAUUCCAUGUUGGUGGGAGUCCACCUAAAAAAUUAAUUUGCCAACAUUUUUGCUUGAGUGAAUUAUGUACAAAUUUUAUCAAAUUAUUUGUAAUUUUUGUGUGAAUUUUCUAACUCUUAAUUGAUUUGUUGCUAUUCAGAUGAUUUUAGAUUGUAAGAGACUAAUUUUUACUUUUGGUAAUUUGUUGUUCUAUGUGCA